GAUAUUGGCAGGGAAAUAUUUUACUAAAACUCCUUGGAGAGUCCUUUAGGCAUGGAUAAUUCGCGUGCAAACCUGCUGGAGGAAGCGGUUGGCAUUAGCAAAGGUGGGCGAGUGGUGGUGGUGGAGGAUUGUGUUGAGACAAGCGGUGCCUUCGUGCUCCAUCAUUUCCUUAAGCGCUCUCUCUAUCCUGACACUUCUGAUGUUGUCAUUUUCAUCGCCUUUGCCCACCCUUUCUCUCACUAUGAACGCAUCCUUCGAAAGAUGGGUUGCAACUUAACUGUGCAUAGGAAGACUCACAGAUUCGUAUUUCUUGACAUGCUGACAUUGGAGUGCCCAGACAGAAAUGGAAAGGAAACAAGACAAGAUGGAUUGCUUGCAUUGUAUGGGGAAAUUGAGAAAGCGGUAGAGAUAUAUUCUUCACUUGAAGGUAGUAGAACCAUUACUAUUAUGAUUGAUGACAUCUCCCUUAUUGAAGUGGCGGCUAAUGGUUUAUCAAAUCACGUGUUGGAUUUUCUACACUACUGCUACACUCUGAAAGCAAAAUAUGGCUGUUCCUUUGUUACUCUUAAUCACGAGGAUAUCUAUUCCAGUGCAAAUACGCUGCCGUUAAUCUUGCAACCGGAGUACCUCGCUGAUGUGAUAAUCAAGGCAGAACCUUUGGCAACUGGUUUAGCAAGUGACGUGCAUGGACAGUUGACCGUUUUAAAUAAAGGAAGUGUUUGUGACUUGGGAGACUCAAGUUCUAAGGUUCGCAAUUUUCACUUUAGAGUCAAGGAAAACAUCGUAGACUACUUCUAUCCUGGGACUCAGACUUGAAUAGAUUCCAUGUUCAUUGCAUUUGAACAUUGGCCAGCAUAUUAUAGACCGAAGGGUGCAGUGAUUGCAUCCCAAAGCAUUGGCAGAAAAACAAAGAUAACCAAAGAGUGAGGAGCAAACGAUAUUCAUCUUUGAUCUCUGUCGUCCUGACAUGGUAAUCUUUACUUGAAAGGCAUAGAAACCAAAUUUUACCUUCAUUUUCGCCCUUGUUGGCUCUGUAUGUUGUAGAUGCCAGAAUUUCUCUGAGUUUUAUUGUUAUGGAAAUCCAGUUGCUUUCUGUUACCUUGGAAUGCCUCUUU